CCUGCGCAGCAGGCGGGGCGGGGGGCGCGUUCGAGCUUGGGGGAUCGGGAAGUCGUGAAGCCACCUACGCAGCUUUUUGCUUGCCAGUAAGGGUGGCUGCCUGCGGAGCUCGCUGCAACUACUAAUUUUUUUUUGGCACCUCGGAGGAUUACCUGGCAGCGCCACCGACACCGGAACCCAGUGGGAAACGCUGAGGUCGCAGUUACCACAAUGCCCAAGAAUAAAGGCUAACUAGCGGCGCGUCACGAACCCGGAGAGCCUCUCCUGGGCCGCCUGGCCUCUCCGGCGUUGGGCCGUUCCCAGGACUGACCAGGACCAGUUUUUAACCAGUGAUUCUUGCUUUUGCGACCAUUAAAUCUUUGUACGUAUUCUCUUUGUGGACUGUUGGUGAAGACAUAGCUUCCGUGUAAACACUAGGCGAAAGCUUGUGACGUAUUUAGGUUCAUGUCUGCUUGUUUACUUUCCUCCUUCCGUCACAAACUUGAACAUUCUUGUUUACAAGGAGGUAAAAACAGGCGCAGGGGUAAGAAUGAGAAUGAGUCUGAAGAAAGAGAGUUAGUGUUUAAAGAAGAUGGACAAGAAUAUGCUCAGGUAAUCAGAAUGUUGGGAAAUGGAAGAUUGGAAGCAAUGUGUUUUGAUGGUGUGAAGAGGUUAUGUCAUAUAAGAGGAAAAUUGAGAAAAAAGGUUUGGAUAAAUACCUCAGACAUUAUAUUGGUUGGUCUUCGAGACUAUCAGCAAAAAUUAAUGAAACAGAUACCUUUGGUGCUGGAGAUGAUGACGAAAUCCAGUUUGAUGACAUUGGAGAUGAUGAUGAAGACAUUGAUGAUAUCUAAAUUGAACUCAAAGUUUCUGAGGACUGUUCUACAGUUUGAAUUUUGGUCAUCACCUGUUAAGAAGAAUAAAACUUCAUUCAGCUACGAAUGUAUUUUAAGUCACACUGAUUUGUUUCCAUUGUUUUAAAGUAUUUAUUAUAUUUGUAUAAAAAACUGAUGAAGCUGAAUUAUAUUAAGUAAAAUGUUAACACUUUGUUCUUUUAAUGUGAUGGAACUUAGGGGUAAAAGAUCACAAUAUUUGCUGUUAAAACAGUGGGAAGAAAGAAAGAAGAAAAGAGAUGCCUUCCCCACUGUGAUUACUUUACUUCCAGUUAAUGGAUGUUUUGAAUAAAUUACCUUAUUCAUCAUAGACUGUGAUAAGCCCUAGUUCCAACUAGUCUGUUUACAGAGUCUUUCUGUCUGUUCCAGUUACCUAGAUGGUCUCCUGAGAUUUUUGAUAAAAUUUAAGGAAAGCAGAAAUCUGCAUUUGAAGUCAAGAAAAGGGGCUGUUUUCAGAUAUAGGUAGCCAUGUGUAUUUUUAUAUACUAAUUUUGGUAACUUAUAUAUUCUUUUCAUCAUUUUAUGUUGCCACCGUCAUAAUACAAGCAUUUCCAAAAUGCAGUUUUUAGAAUAGAGGUUUGACUAAUAAUUUUGAAUUUGUAAGAUAAGUAGUUGAAAAAAUUCUAUUCUAGGUAAUACUCAAUUUUCUUAACGUUGAAAGUUUUGAUGUAUUUGUUGACAGUGUUUUUACUCAAGUAAGACAACUUUUAAUGGUAAAAUAAGUAGAUUAUUCUUUACCUUACAAAGUAGAUUGUAUAUGUUUUUCAUUGUCAGAAGCCAUACAUUGUAACCCAUAGUUUUUGAGUUUUAUGAAAAAUUAAAUUACAAUGUAUAAAUGAAAAUCUAAUUUCAUAAAAAAUUCUAUAAGUCUUUCUUAAACUAUCCCUUAGCUGAGAUAAGGGAAAGGAAGGAACCACAGCUAAUAAAUACAAUAAGAUGUUGCAUUGAGUAUAUUUCGGCCUUACUUUGUGUUACUGGUGUAUUUUUAUGUUCGUUCCAAUGUUUUUGUGUUUAUAUUUUACUAGGAGUUUUGAUCAUAACCUUUUUUUAAUGUUUUGUUUUGAAGUUAUGAGCUAUAGUAAGAUGAAAUUAAGGGCAAGGCUAGUUAAACAGCCUCAUAAAUUUUAUACAACUUUAGUAAGAAAAGAUUCAUCAAGUAAUUUGUGAAACAUUAUAUUUUGUCUGAGAAUUUUUCAGCAGUGAAAAUUAAUAUACAGAGAAUACACCUUUACCUGGUUUCAGUAAUAUAAAUGUAACUAAGGGGGAUAAACCUUCAUAUGGUUUCAUCUCACUUUGCUUUAAUUUUACUUCCCUAGUUUCAAAAUCUGAGGCCAGAAUAUGUACAUAAUUAAAUCUAGGAAGAGAAGUUUCACAGAUGUGGGUUUGUGGUUCUUAAUCUGUGAGUUCCUGAACACUUACCUAGGUGAUGAAUGUGUUUGAGACUAAGGACUAGUUUUUAAUAAUCUUAAGAAACAAGCUUGAGAAGGUGACUUAGUGGUUGUCUUCGUGGGCAGUCAACUGGUUUUUUGUACAUAAAGGUAUAUUAAGUUUACGUAUCUUCAACAUUUGGCCAAAAAUACCAGAAUCUGCAUAUGUGAUUCAGUUCACCAUAGGUAGAGACCCUACUUAAAAAUCUUUUCUGUUGACUCCCUCAAAUAAAUAUGGUUUGUCCCAAGAUUUACUCUACUCCCAGUUUGUGUUUGCUAGUUGUUGUGGUCUGACUAUGUCCUUUGAAAAUGUGUAUAUUGAAAUCCCAACCCCUAAAGACGAUGGUAUUGGCAAGUGGGGCCUUUAGGAGGUCAUCGGGCACCAAGGAGGAACUCUUAUGAAUGUGGUCACUGCUCUUAUGAAGGGAACCUCCUAGGGUUCUUCUGCCAUGAGAAGACAGAGCAAGAACUCAGCAGUGUGCAGAUCAAAGGAGAACCUUCACCAGAACUCUAACCAUACCAGCACCCUGAUCUUAGACUUCCAAUGUCCAGGAUUGUGAGAAAUUUCUGUUGUUUAUAAGCCACCCAAUAUGUAGUAUUUUGUUAUAGCAGUCUGAAUGAAGUAAGAUACUGGUAACAUACUUUUUUCUUGCUAUUUAGUACCAUUGCAGCAUACUGUUUCAUCUUGAGUUGGAUCAAGGAUGUAGCUUAUGUGCAGUUUCCCGUGGAAGAAUUAUUUUGAUACACGUCAUUAGAAAUUUUAUAGAUUUGUUGUUUUGAUAAUAUUUCAAAUAACGAGUGAAAGGAAGAAAAAGAAACUUGUUGCAUUCUUUGAUAACCACAAUAGAAUCACAUAAACUGUGUCUAGAAAGGAGAUCAAAAUGUUUGAAAGCCAAGAAAAGUAACUUUUAUAGGCAGUCCUCCAUAUUCGUGGGUUCUGCAUCCAUGAAGUGAACUGUGGAUAGAAAAUAUUAAAAUAAGAAUUCCAGAAAGUUCCAAAGAGCAAAGCUUGAAUUUGCCACACAAUGGCAACUGUAUAUACACUAUUACUAGUCUAUUUACAACUGCACAGUAUUUACAUUGUAUUAGGUAUUGUAAGUAAUCUAGAGAUUCUCUGCCACUUUAUGUAAGGGAUUUUAUGUUCUUAGAUUCUGACAACUGGGGGUUCCUGGAAUCUUCAGGAGAUACUAAGGAACAGCUGACUAUAGUGAUUUGGUACUGAUUAACUUUUUGUGUAGUAAAUUUGGUAGGGUUGCAUUUUCAUGCAUUGUUUAUCCUACUUACAGGACAUAUGUAUAUACAGUAUAGAUAUGUUGCGUUAUUAAGGUGGUUAAUAAAUGCAUAAGCUGUUGUGUAAGAAGGCUGGCAACAUUUAAUUAGUUGGCUGUCAUUGCUUUCAGCCUUAAGUAGCCUAUAAACUAUGCAUUGUGGACAGUCUUGUAUUUUAUUAAGGAAUGACCAUUGGUUUUCUUGCCAUAUCUUGGUAUCAUAACUAAAAUUAUACGUGCUUAUAAAACUUGUGAUAGGUUUAACUUAAUCCUAGCUAUGUUGAGAAAGUGUUCCUUCAUUAGGUAUAUGCUGUCAGUAUUCACAAAUGAGUAAACACACGUUUUGAAUAAAACACAUUUAUUGUUGAUA